AUGGUGAACAAGUUUUUCUGCUCAACAAUUAUACAAAUAAAUGCACUUCCAGCGAAGAACAUAUUAUGUGUAUUGGAUGAGCUGACCUUGGCCAGAUCAGACCUGGAGAUGCAGAUUGAAGGCCUGAAGGAGGAGCUGAUUUUCCUCAAGAAGAACCACCUGGAGGAAAUGGCCACCAUGAAGGACUCCAUGGCUGGACAAGUCAACGUUGAGGUUGAUCCAAAACCAAGUAUUGACCUGAGCGCUGUCAUACGUGAGAUCCGUGUGCAGUACGAGGGUGUUGUUGCAAGGAACCAACAAGAACUGGUGGUCUGGUUCCAAACCAAGACAGAGGAACUGAACAAGCAGGUGGCUAUCAGCACAGAUACCCUCCAGACCUCCAAGUCAGAGAUCUCUGAGGUCCGUCGCACAGUGCAGAGUUUGGAAAUCGAGCUCCAGUCCCAGCUUAGCAUGAAAGCGGCUCUGGAAGGAACUCUUGCAGAAACAGAGGCGCUAUACUCCAUGAAACUCCAAAGCCUCCAGAUGCAGGUGUUCAGUCUGGAAGAACAGCUGAUGGGUCUGCGUGCCGACAUUGAGAACCAGAGCCAGGAGUACAAAAUGCUGCUUGACAUCAAGACUCGACUGGAGCUGGAGAUUGCUGAAUACAGGAGGCUGCUGGACGGAGAGGCCAAGUCCCCCACCAGCACCAACACCAGAGUGGUCAUCAUCACUGAGGAAGUGGUUGAUGGAAAGGUGGUGACCUCCUCAACUUCUACCACCAGUAGCUCAUCUGUCUCACAGUGA